AUGUUCAGUACACUUGUUGCUGACCUCGUCAGUCUUCAUCCAUACGUCUAUUUGUCCUUCGCUGUUUCAUCUAAACGGAUCAGUACGAGGCCGGCCGACGCUACAGUACAUUGUCGAACAUCACAGCAUUGCUGGAUGAGUAGUGCUGGACGUGCCGGAGGACUGUGCGCUUCAACGUCUCGAGAGGAUCUGCCGCGUUCACGGAAUAACUCUGCUCGGCGCGCCGGCUCAGGUCCAUCAGAAGCGCUAUCAGGAGUCCUUAACACUUCGGAUCUCCGUGGUUAUGGUUGUCGUGGUCGCCGACGGUACGUUCGUCGAUAUGACUCACCAGUGAUCAUCAGAGCCGUAAUAAUCGUCGACAAAACUAUUCAAACAAUGCAAGAGAGGCAGGACAUCGUGGAAGAAGCGGGAGACGAACUAGACAUCGCGCAGAAAUGCACAGUUACUAUAGAGGAACAAGAUCCAUUGGAAGACAAUAUGCCUUCCUACCCAGGUUUCGUCUUUAAUCCUGUGACUAGGAAGCACUUUAGGAUUGCUGGUGAUCAUAGUGGGACUUAUCUGGGUUCGUCCGGUGAACACGUGAAAGGAUGUCAAUUUCUGGAGCUCGUAGGAAACGAUGAUGAACGAAUGCUUGGUUGCUGGGCUAUUGGAGAUGGUUCGAGAAAUAGCAGAAUAGGUGCUAAGCUUGCUUGCUUGAAAGCGAAGUUGGACGAUGAUGCUGCGGAAAAAGUCGCUAUGAAGCUCGAUCAGAUCUAUAGCCGUGUGAGUGGUGAGCCGCCUGAAAACACAUUGGGGCUAGAGUUCGUUCUGGAUGGUGAAUCUGUCGAUAUUUCUCAGCCGGUUUUGGUGGAUAUGACAGUAGCACCCGUGGAUUCGGAUGUAACUUGUGUUCUCUAUGUUACAGCAGAAUCCAGAUUGACAGGAAUAGGCAUAUCAUCUAUGUGCAAGGUCGUCCUGCAACCGUUGCCUGCAUUAUGCCUCGACGGCGAUGACUUUGAGGUGCGGGACUCACCCAUCUAUAAUAUUCGAUGGUCGGUUGAGUCCUCGGCAAUUUAUAGUUGUGCGUGGAAUUCUAAUAAGACGCGCAUAGCCCUAGGUAUGGAAGAGGCUGCCAAGAUUAUGGAUGUGAUCACGGAGAAAUCGUUCAUGAUAUCAAGUCGUCGUCGAAAUGUCAUCAGUCAGCAUUUCUCAUCCGAUGGCGACGUGAUAUUUAUGGGUUUGAGGGAUAGUGAUGUCAUUCUAUCAGAUCUUCGUAUGAAAAGUCAUCAUGUAAUUGGCACGUUGAAAGGUUCUCGUUCAAGUGGUUGGAUUAAACAACUGCGUAUGUCGUACCCUCAAUGUAUAAUGAUAGAGAACUUUAGAGGAGAGUCGGCAGUGACGGUUGUACACGUGGAUGGUCGCUGUCGUCAGGGCUGCAACUAUGUGCAGUUCCUUGUCCUCGCCCAGUGGACGAUCGCACAGACUUCCCACGAGUGGUGUACUCGUCUUCGUGGUGCGGUCGAGCCGGAAGCUCAGCUCUAA